AUGGCUCACUAUAAAGGGGCUGCCAGUGAGGCAGGUAGAGCCAUGCAGCUUAUGAAAAAGCGAGAAAAGGCUCAACAAGAAAUAGAAUAUAGAAGGAAAAAAAUAGAAGAAGAUUUGAAAAUAUCAAACAUAGAAAAUAAAUUUGCAGCUCAUUAUGAUGCUGUCGAACAACAGUUGAAGAGUUCCACUAUUGGUUUGGUGACUCUCAAUGAGAUGAAAGCAAAACAAGAAGAUAUUGUACAACAAAGAGAAAAAAAAAUGGCAUUAAAACAAUUAGAAAAAGAACGAGAAAAACAAAAAGAAUUGGAAGCGAAGCAAGCUGAAAAAAACAGACAAAAAAGACAAAUUCAAGCUUUAUCAUUUAGUAUUCAGGAUGAUGAAGAGGAUGAAGAUAAUGAAGAUGAUGAUGAGAAAAAAGAUGUGUCAUUUGAAAAAAAACACAAGCCUAAAAAAAUUAAAAAAAAUCCAGAUGUUGAUACAAGUUUUUUACCUGACAGAGACAGAGAAGAAGAAGAAAAUAUGCUUAGAGAGGAACUUAGGCAAGAAUGGGCUUUGCAACAAGCAACUUUAAAAGAAGAAGAAAUUCAUAUUACUUUUAGUUACUGGGAUGGUUCAGGACACAGACGAACGGUUAAAAUGAAAAAAGGUAAUUCCAUAUAUCAAUUUCUUCAACGUUGCUUGGAACUACUUAGAAAAGAAUUUAGUGAAUUAAAAACAGUUAUGGCUGAUCAAUUAAUGUAUGUAAAAGAAGACUUGAUAUUACCUCAUCAUUACACAUUUUAUGAUUUCAUUGUUACAAAGGCUCGAGGAAAAAGUGGGCCUCUUUUUACUUUUGAUGUUCAUGAUGAUGUAAGGCUAACAAGUGAUGCUUCUAUAGAAAAAGAAGACUCACAUGCUGGUAAAGUUCUAUUAAGAAGCUGGUAUGAAAGAAACAAACAUAUUUUUCCCGCGUCAAGAUGGGAACCUUAUGAUCCCACAAAGACAUAUGAUAAAUACACAAUUACUGAUAAAAAUAGAAAAUGA